GGCUGCGAGGGACCCAAGACCUGGAGUCCGCAGACCGAGGAGACAUGGCCGCCCCCCGCGACGCUGAGAUCUGGAAGGACGUGCAGACCUACUAUGGGCAGGUGCUGAAGAAAGGAGCCGACCUCCAGACCAAUGCCUGUGUCACCGCAGCCGGGCCGGUCCCCAAGCACAUCCGGGAAGCCCUGCAGAAUGUACAUGAGGAAGUGACCUUGAGGUAUUAUGGCUGUGGUCUGGUCAUCCCUGAGAGCCUGGAAAACUGCUGGAUUUUGGACCUGGGUAGUGGAAGUGGCAGAGAUUGCUAUGCACUUAGUCAGUUGGUUGGCGAGAAGGGACAUGUCACUGGAAUAGACAUGACAGAAGGUCAGGUAGAAGUGGCUAAAAAGUAUAUUGACUAUCACAUGGAAAAAUAUGGCUUCCAGGCACCCAAUGUGACUUUUGUUCAUGGCUACAUAGAGAAGUUGGGAGAGGCUGGAAUCAAGAAUGAGAGUUACGAUAUUGUUAUAUCAAAUUGUGUCAUUAACCUUGUACCUGAUAAACAACAAGUGCUGCAGGAGGUACAUCGUGUGUUAAAGCAUGGUGGGGAGCUAUAUUUCAGUGACGUCUAUGCUAGCCUUGAAUUGCCAGAAGAAAUCAGGAUGCACAAAGUUUUAUGGGGUGAGUGCCUGGGUGGUGCUUUGUACUGGAAGGACCUUGCCAUCCUUGCCCAGAAAAUUGGGUUCCGCCCUCCACGUUUGGUCACUGCCAAUCUCAUUACAGUUCAAAACAAGGAACUAGAAAGAGUGAUCGGUAACUAUCGUUUCGUUUCUGCAACAUUUCGCCUCUUCAAACUCCCUAAGACAGAACCAGCCAAAAGAUGCCAAGUUAUUUACAAUGGAGGAAUCACUGGACACGAAAAAGAACUAAUAUUUGAUGCAAAUUUCACCUUUAAGGAAGGUGAAAUUGUUGAAGUGGAUGAAGAAACAGCGGCUGUCUUGAAGAACUCACGAUUUGCCCAAGAUUUUCUGAUCAGAUCAAUUGGAGAGAAGUUGCCAACCGGAGGAGGCUGUUCUGCUUUAGAAUCGAAGGAUGUAAUCACAGAUCCGUUCAAACUUGCAGAAGUGUCUGACAACAUGAGCUCCAGAUGUGCCCCUGAUGUUGCUAGCGGCUGCUGUGGCACAAAGAAAAGCUGCUAAAACUACUGCUGACCAGAAGACAGUGGGCAGGAGGCGAAGGAAUGAGUUACAUAUAUCUCUUAUCCUGCUCUUCCCCCUAGCACAACCACAAGAAAGAAUAAACAGCAAAAAGCACCAUAUUCUAGAUCACUGAUAAAAAUAAAUGAAUCAUUUUUAGAAGGUUUUAAUUAAAAAUUCACAGCAAAUCACCUAAAGACUAGUUAAGCUGAGUUUUUCUCUAUCUCAACAAAUUCAAAGUUCUGGUGCCACUUACUGGUCAGAAAUGGAACUGAGAUGCAGUCAAGGCCAGUGGGCAAGAAGCCUUCAGAAAUAAUGGUUGGCAGAGGGUCUCAGGAAGAACAUCUUCCCUUGGACCUGCAUAGCACCUUUUGGACUUUUCACCAUGUUUGCUCAUUAAACCAGGCUCCUACUGAAAUCAUGCUAAUCAUUCCAAAAGAUUGCCAAAUCACAUUUGGUAGGAGUGCUCUUGAGGUAACUGGUCUUUUAAAUCAAAUAGUUUUUCUUUUUUGUAAAUUUGCAAUUGAAUGAAGAAAACAAAUGAAUAAUUUCUUUAACCUCAAUUCACCCUCAUGUAUGACAACAUAGUGACUAUCUGUAGUAAAUCCGAACUGGAUCAGGAAAAGAGUUUGAUAAUUUUUAAAAGAAGAGUU